GAUUUCUUCCCCUCCGUCGUUGCACGCACCGCUUGUUUUCAUUUUCAUUCUUUCAUUUCUUUCAUAAGUUUUCAUUAUUUCGUUCUUUUGAGUGUGUUCCAUGUGUUCUUCGUCUGCUAAAAUAAUGGAAUAUUUUCAUAUUUAAUAAAACGAUUAUUCAAUUAUUCAUCCAUUUGUAACGGUAGUUUUGUUUUGCGUAGUUUCAUUGUAGAAACUAACUCAAUCGUAUGAUCGUUGCGUUUCAAUUUAGAGCGAAUUUCUGAUGAUAAUAUUUGUUCAAUUCUAAACGACUCGUGGAUAAAACAAUCAUUGAUAUUGUUUUUACAAUUCUGAAAUUGGUUGAAAUUGAAUCAACGAAGUAACUUCAAAUUACGAAGCAUCAAGAAGAAAUGGCGUGUUAUCCACUGGACUGGUAAUAAUUUAGCGUCACAUCAUGUCGGUGUAUUACAAAUUUAAAUCGGCGUUGGUUCCCGAUACUAUUCAAUUCGACGAUCUUCAUAUAUCUUUGCAAGACUUCAAAAAAGCUGUGAUUAGUCAGAAGCAGUUCAGCAAAAAUACCAAUUUCGAUUUACAAGUUACUAAUGCUGAAACUAAUGAAGUUUAUUCGGAAGAAAAUUCUCUGAUUCCUAAAAAUUCAUCGUUGAUUGUGGUUCGUGUUCCUAUCGCUGGCUCGCAGAAGAAAACCUGGGAUGGUGGAGAACAAGCCGGUUCUAAAAUUGGAGUUCUAUCGUCCGAUUUAUUACAAGAGAAUGCUGGAAAUGUUGUUUUUAAGUCUGCUGAUUUGGUGGCAUUAAAUGCUAGUGAAGGUGAUAAGAUACAAGCUAUGAUGAUGCAGUCGACUAUGGAUUACGAUUCUUCAAAUUAUAUGAAAGUGAAAGGUGGUAGUCAGUUUGGAGAUCCUCCGCCGGAAUACGUUUGUCACAAAUGUCAAAAUACUGGUCAUUGGAUUAAAGACUGUCCUAUAACGGUUGUUCCCGAUCUUAAAAAAAGUAGUGGAAUUCCGAAAAGUUUUAUGACACCGGUGGAAGGACCUUCGGUUCCUGGUGCUCUAAUGACUCCUACCGGUACAUUCGCUGUCCCUACGAUCGAUUUGCAAGCUUACAAAGAAGGUAAAAAAGAGAAACCGUUUAUACCUUCGGAAGAAACUGAAGAGGAAUCUAAACCUAUUAUACCUGAAGAUUUGACAUGUUCGCUGUGUCAAGAUUUACUAACAGAUGCAGUUAUGAUGCCUUGUUGCGGAGAUUCAUUCUGUGACGAUUGUAUUCGUAACAUGCUUAUCGAAAGUGAAGAAAAUCAAUGUCCAGAUUGUAAUGAAAAAGAUAUUUCUCCGGAGACAUUGAUACCGAAUCGAUUUCUGCGAAAUGCUGUCAACAAUUUCCGUAACAAGACUGGCUAUCAAGGAGGUGGCCAACGUGUCAAGCAUUCCGAAUCCCAACCGGAACCAUCGAAGUCUCCAGCUAUCGAAAACGACGACGUAGAAAUCAUUGCAACCAUACCGAACGAAGUAGGAGUAGUACCCAAAGAUGAAAUUGAGCCACAGAAGGAGAUGGGAAGUGCUAUCGCUGUACUGGGAUCUUCGGUACAGCCUUCGUCGCAGUCGAUGCUACAUCGUCCUAUGCGUUUACCAACCAACGGUACGCAGAAUAAGAUGCCUACUAUUCACGUAGAGCGCAGGCCUCCGAUGGGCAGACCAUCGCAUUUAGCGAACGAAAGCAGCAGCGGCGAUGGCGGUGUUGACAACCAACGUGGUUUGAUCAAUAACGGUAUUAAGCAAGAAAGUGCGAGAAAUGUAGAUAAAUCGUCGCCUCCACGUAUACCUCAUGGGCCUCCUCCAGCUAUACAGGAUCGUAAUCGUUUAGGUGGUCCACCGAAUUCGGCUCCGGGACCGGGUGGCUAUAAUCAACAGAAUAUCCCUGCUAUAGGAGCACCUUCUUAUCCUCCUGGAGUACCUCCUAUGAUGUCGAAUUACGGACCUCCUCCGGGUGUCAAUCCGAUGGGAAUGCCUCCGCAACAUAUGGGCAAUCAAGGCAACGUCAGGAUGUAUCAUUAUCCGGGCCAGAAUAUGUAUAAUCCUCAAAUGAAUGACCGAAGUUUCCGAUCUGGUCCAAACAGAGGAGGAAUGCGAAUGCAGCACAAUGAUGGAUACCGAGACCGAAACAACAGCAACAACAAUAACAAUAGAAAUAUCGUCGACGAUCCUUUGGAAGCGUUCGAGAGACUUUUACGCGAACAAGAUAGAAAGAGGCGUAAUCGACCCAGACGUUCGAGAAGCCGAUCUCAUUCUCGGGGUAAAUCUCGUUCGAUAUCUAGAUCUCGGUCUAGAUCGCGAUCCCCGAUGAAGAAACGUUCCAGCUCGAAAACUCCGCCGUCGAUGCGUAAUGAAUCAGAAUUCAGAUCACCGAUCGGAGGGAACAGGAGUAGAUCCAAGAGUCGCAGCAGGCAACGUUUGAGAUCUCGUUCUCGUAGCCCUAUGCAACGUUCGGAUAGUAUUUCACCGAUGCAUGCCUCGAAAAAGAAGAGAAGCGUGUCGUUGUCGCCUCAGGGUAUGAAAAAACGUAGUCGUUCGUCUAGUCUGAAAAAAUCGCUCAGGAUGAAUCGCAGCAGAUCUAGAUCCAGGUCGAGGAGUAGAUCGAAAAGUAUUAACAAAUCGAGGAAAAGGAGAAGAACUAGGACUCGUAGCCGGUCUAUUAGUAGUCGUAGGUCAUACUCCAGAGGUAGAUCGUACUCGAGAUCAGUUAGUCCUAGAAGUAGGCAAUACUUUAGUCCAAAUCGUACGUCGUCGCAUCGUGUCCAACGCAGCAAGAGUCCUCGACAGCUUACGAGUAGUUCCAGGUAUCCUCCGUCCCACUCGAAUUAUAAUAAAGACGGUUCGCCAUUCGUUCCUGCUGCACCUUAUCACGAAUCUAACGAAUACCGAGGUGGAUCUUAUAAUAGACGAGGUGGACGAGGCCAACGCUUCCACAGAGGAGGCGGUCGAUACUCGAACAACUCGAAUCAAAAUUACGACUAUGGAAAAUACGACAGAUACGGUAACGAACGAUUCGUGGAUGAUAAACGUUACGUGGAUAACCAGAACCAGAAGCAAUACUACAAUAAUCCUAACGACCAUUCGAGGAAUCGUAAAGACGUUUAUUAUCAGAACACAAUUGACCCGUAUAACCAAUACCAGUCUUACCCCGAGGUAGCUCCGCCGGGCACAUCCGAAUCCAUACCUAGUCUCGGAUACCACGCUAAUUUAUCGUACGACGACUCGAACGACGUGUAUCGGCGCGAUAAAUACCAUUCGUCGGAUUACCCUACGUCAGAGACGGUGUAUCAUCACCAGUCAUCGAAUCUUAAACCAUUGUUGGAAGAAGACUGGUCGAAGUCUUCGAAAGACCGCGAUCACGAUCAUUACCAGAGAAAAUCUCGAGAAAAAUACCACUACUCGGAAACGGAUCACGAACGCAGCAGACACGACAAUAGAUCGGAAACUGAUCACGAUCGAAGACACGAAAGCAGAUCAGAGACGGAUCGCGAUCGAAGACACGAAAGCAGAUCAGAAACAGAUCGAGAUCGCGAUCGAAGACACGAGAGCAGAUCAGAGACAGAUCGGGAUCGGGACCGAGAUCGGGAUCGUGGUGAUCGCAAACACGAUAGCAGAUCGGAGGUUGAUCGCGAUCGAAAACACGACAGUAGAUCGGAAGUGGAUCGCGAACGCAGACACGAUAGCAGAUCUCGUUACGCGUCCUCGUCUCCUGUUCGUAGCAGCGAGAAGAAACACAGAUCUCACGGUCACAGCACCGAUAAAGAUAAAUCACGCGCCGAACGUUCCAGUAAAGCUGUAAGCGUCGAUAAACACAGCGAAUACGAUCGCGUCUCCGAUUCGAAACUCGAGGUGACUCCGGAGAAAGAGAAAUCUCGCAAAGAAGACGAUAAAAAAGACGACCACAAGGAGAAGAAAGAUAAAUCCAAACGUAAGAAGAAGAAAGACUCGGACGGCGAUAAAAAGAAAAAGAAGAAAGUCAAGACGAAAAAAGAAGAAGAUCAUAAAACGAUCGUCGUUGAAAGUAAAUCCCACGUACAACAAGAUAAACAACCCGAAGACGAACCAAUCAACGAUAAAGUUUUAGAAUUAGAUAUCAAAGAAACCGAUCUAUACGACGUGAUAGACGAUACAGCAAAAGUGGAUAGCAAUAUAAUCGAGAGUUACACGCUGCUGGACAGCGAUAUAUCCGAAGAACACGUCGGUUUCGAGAAACGACCCGCGAACUUUAGCGUGGCACCGGUACCCGAAUUAUCGAAAUGGGAACGAGACGAAGACAGUUCGGACGAUACGAAAAUACUCAUCUCCGAUUCGUCGUACGAAUACAACGAUACCAGUAAGAAAGUAGUCACCAACGAGAUUCUGAAACGAGCUGAAAACCGAGUAUUCCAUAACGCCGCCAAAAUACCAGCCAAGUCGACCGAGCCGAAACCCGACGCUUAUAGUAAAGAUAACGACGAUUCAAUCCUACCGGAGAACCCCAGAGAAGCUAGAAAGUCUGGUAACUCGCUUCAGAUAACCGUACCGGUUAGCAAAUCAGAAGACGAAAGUAAAUCGUCGGCAUUCGGUCGUAUUUCCGCCAAGGAUAGACUGGGCGCCAAAGUCGACGAUAAGUAUUCCGGUAUCCGUAGCUUGGUCGAGCCGAAAAAACCAUCGGUAGCUUUGAAAUCGGUCGUAGAUGUGAAAUCAUCGUCGUCGAAAAGCGAUUCGCAUCAUAAAUCUGAGAAACACGACGAUAGCAAGAGUAGUCGCAGCAAACACGAAGAUAAAAAACACACCGAAGACAGGGACAGGGAUAGGAAACGUAAAGAAAGUCGUCACGGUGGUGAGUCGUCGAAACAUCAUUCUUCGAGACAUCGCGAUACCAAAGAAUCUAGAGAGAAAGAGAAAAAACGACGUAAAUCGUCCGACGAUGAAAUUAGACCGAAGAAAGAUCGCGAAGAAAAACGUUCGCGCGAUAAAGACCUACCUCGUAAAGAACCGUUCGCCGAAAACACCGAUCAUAAUGUUCCAGAAGUUAAAGAUACAGACGAGUCGAUCAACGAUGUCAAAACGAUGCUAGAGAAAAAACGACCUUCGCUGGACGAAGCCAGUUUCGAACCGGACUACGAUCUGACUUCGGAAUCCGAAGAAGAAGGCGAAGCUAAAAGCGCAGAUGAAGACAAACCGCCCAAGAGAUUAGCUGUAUCCGAACCACCCACCAAAGAAACCAAACCCAAUAUCGACGAAGAGUUGAUUAAGAAAUUCAUCGAACACACGCGUCAGUCUAGCUCCGAAACAACUUCAGAUUCCAGUACAGAUUCGUCGGUCGAAAGGAAGAAACACAAGAAGAAGAAAACCAAGAAAAGAAAGAAGACGAAAAAACGUCGUAAUUAUAGUAGCGAUUCCGAUUCGGACGAAUCUUCCGAUAGUGAGUCUGAUUCGGAUACUAAACAUAAACGUAGUAGUAAGAAGAAACAUAAACACAAGAAUAAGAAAACAUCAUCGAGGAUAGUUAAGAAGAAAAAGAAAUCUAAGCAUAGGUAGUACCUAUGAUUCUGUGUGAACAUAUAUUUGUAUAUAAAUUUUUGUAAUUUAGAACUAUGUAUGUUAUCGUUUUUAUUCGGUUUCAAUUAUAUUCAUGUUGAUUUUUUUUGUCCCAUUCUUAUGCUCUUUUUAAUCAUUAUUUAUAUCUGUAUUUGAUAUAAUUGUUUGAACUCUUUAUGUACUAUGUUUUGAGCCCCCUGUGAAAUAUUUUUUUAAAUUAUAUACUUUAUUUCUUCGUAAAA